AUGCGGAUUUUCCUCCCCAUGUACCUGUAUCAUCACUGGCUCUUAGUAGUAGUGAAUGCAGAGAACCGUCAGGUUCAAGGUUUCGAGCGUUAUAUGAAGCACUUGCCAGAUGAAGACAGGAAUGAUUAUAAGUGGUGGAAAGAUUUGGAUGUCACCUCUUGGGACAUCAACACAUUGCAAGGGUUGCCGCAUCAGGAGGACAGCACAUCCUGUGGCCUCUUUGUGCUCAAAUUCAUGGAGCACUGGAAUGGAAAUAGAUUACAGAAAGACUUCAAUCAGGAACUAAUUGAUAGAUUUAGAAGGAAGCUGGCAGCCAUACUUGUGAAAUCCACCCUUAAUGAGGUGAAGAUUAAGUUUCUUGGAAAUGGAUCUCCACUUAGCUAG